AUGUCCGGCACUGGUGGUGAUCCAAAUCAUUACCAAGGGCAGAGCUAUGACGACUACGGACAGCCCAUUUACGGCUCCGAUCCCAACCAACAGCAGGCCCAGCAAGGGUACGGUCAGCAGACCGUCGCCGAUGGCUACUACGAUCAGAACAUGCAGGCGGACCAGUUCAUGAACGGCCAGGUGCCUCAGGGCGACGAGUACUACCAGAAUGAUCCCCACAUGAACGGCUACUACGACCAGCCUAACUACGGGAACGCCAAUGGCAACGUGGACGGCGAGAAUUUCUCCGACUUCAGCUCGUACGGGCCUCCAGGCACGCCCGGCUACGACGACUACGGAAACAACAUGGGCCAGUACACUCCUUCCCAGGUCAGUUACGGCGACCCUAACGCGACGGGAACGUCCACCCCGAUCUACGGGGAAGGCUACGACCCAAACUACGUCGCUAUGACUUUGCCGAACGAUCCGUACCCGGCUUGGACGGCAGACAGCCAGUCUCCGGUGACCAUCGAGCAGAUUGAAGACGUCUUCAUCGAUCUGACUAACAGGUUUGGUUUCCAGAGAGAUUCGAUGAGAAACAUGUUCGAUCAUUUCAUGACGCUGUUGGACUCCAGAGCCUCGAGAAUGUCUCCAGAUCAGGCCUUGUUGUCGUUGCAUGCGGAUUAUAUCGGCGGUGAGAACGCCAAUUAUAAAAAAUGGUAUUUUGCAGCCCAGCUAGACCUUGACGAUGAGGUCGGUUUCAGAAACAUGAACGUCGCGAAGAUCUCCAAGAAGAAGAGGUUGUUCAAGAGAAAAAAAAAGGAACAACUGGAAGAAGCGAAUAUUGAGGAUCCGGAAGAAAUGCUAAAUAAACUAGAAGGCGAUAACUCAUUGGAGGCAAACGAUUUCAGAUGGAAGGCUAGGAUGAACAGUUUGACACCAAUAGAAAAAGUUCGUCAAAUCGCUCUAUAUCUUCUGUGUUGGGGUGAGGCUAAUCAAGUAAGAUUCACUCCAGAAUUACUAUGUUUUAUUUACAAGUGUGCAUUGGACUACUUGGACUCUCCUAUCUGCCAACAAAGAACGGAACCAAUGCCAGAAGGUGACUAUUUGAAUAGAAUCAUCACUCCAUUGUACAGAUACUUAAGAGACCAAGUUUAUGAGAUCGUAGACGGUAGAUUUUUUAAACGUGAAAAGGAUCAUAAUGAGAUUGUCGGUUACGAUGAUGUCAAUCAAUUAUUCUGGUACCCUGAAGGUAUCGCUAGAAUUGCUUUCGAAGAUUCUACGAAACUGAUUGAUUUGCCUGUUGAAGAACGUUAUUUACGUUUGGGUGACGUCAUUUGGACUGACGCUUUCAUGAAAACUUUCAAAGAAACAAGAACUUGGUUACAUCUGGUGACAAAUUUCAACCGUAUCUGGAUCAUACACGCCACAGUCUUUUGGAUGUACGCUGCUUACGCUGCUCCAACAUUCUAUACUCACAAUUAUCAACAACUAGUGAACAAUCAACCUUUAGCAGCCUACAAAUGGGCUGCUAGUGCUUUAGGUGGUACAUUAGCAAGUUUCAUUCAAUUAUGUGCCGUUAUUUGUGAAUGGACUUUUAUUCCAAAAAAUUGGGCAGGAUCUCAACGUCUAUCGCCUCGUUUCUGGUUUUUAUGCAUAAUCUUCGGUAUUAAUUUAGGCCCUAUCAUUUUCGUUUUCGCUUAUGAUAAGAUCGAUGUUUACUCUACUGCUGCUCACGCCGUCGCUGCUGUUAUGUUUUUCAUCGCUGUUGGUACCUUGUUAUUCUUCUCAAUCAUGCCAUUAGGUAAUUUGUUCAGUAAUUAUAGAAAGAAAGAUGCAAGACGUUACGUUGCCUCCCAAACUUUUACUGCUUCAUUCGCUCCAUUGCAUGGUAUCGACAUGUGGUUAUCUUACCUUGUUUGGGUUACUGUUUUUGCUGCUAAAUUCUCGGAAUCUUACUACUUCUUAAUUCUAUCUCUAAGAGAUCCAAUUAGAAUUUUAUCCACAACUACAAUGAGAUGUACUGGUGAGUAUUGGUGGGGUGAUGUUUUGUGUAAACAACAAACAAAGAUUGUUUUAGGUUUAAUGAUCGCCACUGAUUUCUUACUGUUCUUCUUAGAUACCUAUUUAUGGUACAUUUUAGUCAAUGUUAUUUUCUCCGUUGGUAAGUCCUUCUACAUGGGUAUCUCUAUCUUGACUCCAUGGAGAAAUAUUUUCACAAGAUUACCAAAAAGAAUUUACUCUAAGAUCUUAGCCACUACUGACAUGGAAAUCAAGUAUAAGCCAAAGGUUUUAAUUUCUCAAGUGUGGAAUGCUGUUGUCAUAUCUAUGUACAGAGAACAUUUGUUAGCUAUCGACCACGUUCAAAAGUUAUUGUACCAUCAAGUUCCGUCCGAAAUUGAAGGUAAGAGAACUUUAAGAGCUCCAACUUUCUUCGUCUCACAAGAUGAUAACAAUUUUGAGACUGAAUUCUUUCCAAGAGAUUCUGAAGCUGAACGUCGUAUUUCUUUCUUUGCUCAAUCAUUAGCUACUCCUAUUCCUGAGCCAUUACCUGUUGAUAACAUGCCAACUUUUACUGUCUUAACUCCUCACUAUGCUGAAAGAAUUUUACUAUCUUUAAGAGAAAUUAUUCGUGAAGAUGAUCAAUUCUCUAGAGUUACUUUGUUGGAAUAUCUAAAACAAUUGCAUCCAGUUGAAUGGGAUUGUUUUGUUAAGGAUACCAAAAUUUUAGCUGAAGAAACUGCUGCUUUCGACGGUGAUGUUGAUGAUCCAAAUAAGGAAGAUGCCCUAAAAUCUCAAAUCGAUGAUUUACCAUUUUAUUGUAUUGGUUUCAAGUCUGCUGCUCCAGAAUAUACUUUACGUACCCGUAUUUGGGCUUCUCUAAGAUCCCAAACAUUAUACAGAACUGUGUCUGGUAUGAUGAAUUAUUCAAGAGCUAUCAAAUUAUUGUACCGUGUUGAAAAUCCUGAAAUUGUUCAAAUGUUUGGUGGUAACGCUGAAGGUUUAGAAAGAGAGUUAGAAAAGAUGUCCAGAAGAAAAUUCAAGUACUUAGUUUCAAUGCAAAGAUUAGCCAAGUUUAAACCACAUGAAUUGGAAAAUGCUGAAUUUUUGUUAAGAGCUUAUCCUGACUUACAAAUUGCCUACUUGGAUGAAGAACCUCCAAUGAACGAAGGUGAUGAACCAAGAAUUUUCUCUGCUUUAAUUGAUGGUCACUGUGAAAUACUAGAAAAUGGUCGUAGACGUCCUAAAUUUAGAGUCCAAUUAUCUGGUAAUCCAAUUUUAGGUGAUGGUAAAUCUGAUAACCAAAAUCAUGCUUUGAUUUUCUACAGAGGUGAAUACAUCCAAUUGAUUGAUGCUAAUCAAGAUAAUUAUUUAGAAGAAUGUUUGAAGAUUAGAUCUGUUUUAGCUGAAUUUGAAGAAUUAGAUGUCGAACAAGUUAACCCUUAUAGCCCAGGUUUAAGUUACCAAGAUCAAGUAGCCAAACAUCCUGUUGCUAUUGUUGGUGCUAGAGAAUACAUUUUCUCGGAAAACUCUGGUGUUUUAGGUGAUAUUGCUGCCGGUAAAGAACAAACUUUUGGUACAUUAUUUGCCCGUACUUUGUCGCAAAUUGGUGGUAAGUUACAUUAUGGUCAUCCGGAUUUCAUUAAUGCAACUUUCAUGACUACAAGAGGUGGUCUGUCUAAGGCUCAAAAAGGUUUACAUUUGAAUGAAGAUAUUUACGCUGGUAUGAACGCUCUAUUGCGUGGUGGUCGUAUUAAGCAUUGUGAAUAUUAUCAAUGUGGUAAAGGUAGAGAUUUAGGUUUUGGUACUAUUUUAAAUUUCACUACCAAGAUUGGUGCUGGUAUGGGUGAACAAAUGCUUUCCCGUGAAUAUUAUUACUUAGGUACUCAGUUGCCAAUCGAUCGUUUCUUAUCUUUCUACUAUGCGCAUCCUGGUUUCCAUUUAAACAAUUUAUUUAUUCAAUUAUCUUUACAAAUGUUUAUGUUGACCUUAGUUAAUCUAAACUCUUUGGCUCAUGAAUCCAUUAUUUGUAUUUAUGAUAGAAAUAAGCCUAUCACAGAUAUUUUAUAUCCAAUUGGUUGUUACAAUUUAUCUCCUGUUGUUGAUUGGGUUAGACGUUAUACCUUAUCUAUUUUCAUUGUUUUCUGGAUUGCUUUCGUUCCUAUUGUUAUUCAAGAAUUGAUCGAACGUGGUGUUUGGAAAGCAACUGUGAGAUUCUGUCGUCACUUAUUGUCUUGGGCUCCUGUUUUUGAAGUUUUUGCUGGUCAAGUUUAUUCUUCAGCUAUUUUCACUGAUUUAACUGUUGGUGGUGCUCGUUAUAUUUCUACUGGUAGAGGUUUCGCAACAGCUCGUAUUCCAUUUUCAAUUUUAUAUUCGAGGUUUGCUGGUUCUGCUAUCUACUUAGGUGCUAGAUCUUUAUUCAUGUUGUUGUUUAGUACUAUCGCACAUUGGCAAGCUCCAUUAUUAUGGUUCUGGGCUUCUUUAAGUGCUUUGAUGUGGGCUCCAUUUGUUUUCAACCCUCAUCAAUUUGCUUGGGAAGAUUUCUUCUUAGAUUACAGAGAUUUCAUUAGAUGGUUAUCUAGAGGUAACAACCAAUACCAUAGAAAUUCAUGGAUUGGUUAUGUUAGAAUGUCAAGAUCGCGUGUUACUGGUUUCAAACGCAAGUUAGUUGGUGAUGAAUCUGAAAAGGCUGCUGGUGAUGCUCAUAGAGCUCACAGAACAAACUUGAUUGCUGGUGAAAUUAUUCCAUCUGCCAUUUAUUGUGCUGGUUGUUUCAUUGCAUUUACUUUUAUCAAUGCUCAAACUGGUGUUAAAACAACUGAUGAUGACAGAGUAAACUCUGUUGUGCGUAUUAUCAUUUGUACAUUGGCUCCUAUUGCUGUUAAUUUAGGUGUCUUAUCCUUCUGUUUAGGUAUGUUAUGUUGUUCAGGUCCAUUGUUUGGUAUGUGUUGUAAAAAGACUGGUUCUUCUAUGGCUGGCUUUGCACACGGUGUUGCAGUUGUUAUUCAUUUAAUUAUGUUUAUCGUCAUGUGGGUAUUUGAAGGUUUCCAUUUCACAAGAGGUUUACUUGGUACGAUCACAUGUAUUCAAAUUCAAAGAUUGAUUUUCAUGUGCAUGUCUACGUUCUUAUUGACUCGUGAAUUUAAGAAUGAUCAUUCAAAUACAGCUUUCUGGACUGGUAAAUGGUACGGUUCCGGUAUGGGUUACAGUGCUUGGACUCAACCUUCUAGAGAAUUAUGUGCUAAGGUCAUUGAAAUGUCGGAAUUUGCUGCUGAUUUCGUUUUGGGCCACAUUCUUCUAUUCUGUCAAGCUCCAUUAUUAUUAAUCCCACGUAUCGAUAGUUUUCAUUCCAUGAUGUUAUUCUGGUUAAAACCGUCUCGUCAAAUUCGUCCACCAAUCUAUUCAUUAAAGCAAGCUAGGUUACGUAAGCGUAUGGUCAAAAAGUACAUCUCGUUAUUUGUUGCUGUUUUAGUGUUAUUCCUAGUUGUUAUCAUCGCACCUGCUGUUGCAUCUAAUUACGUUGCCGAUGAUGUUGCUAGUUCUUUAACUGGUGCUUUCCAUAACUUACUACAGCCAAGAAAUGUAUCGAAUAAUGACACUGGUUACCAAAUGUCGACAUACCUGAGUCAUUAUUACACACACACACCAUCUUUAAGAACCUGGUCUACCAUUAAAUAG